UGGUAGUCUGUUCUGUAUUCUUGUUUUUAAAUGAGGUAUUGCCUUUUUUGAAGUGUUCUUCGCGUGGUUUACGUGUUACAAGUACUGACUUGGUGAUUAUGGGUGGUGAAGAACGCUUGGGGGUGACUACCGGUCAACCAAAUCUUUAUAAACAAGAUCUUUCGAAGCUAGAUGUUAGUACAUUGACUGCAUUAUCACCCGAAGUCAUCAGUAGACAAGCAACAAUUAAUAUUGGUACUAUUGGUCAUGUAGCGCAUGGAAAAUCCACAAUUGUUAAAGCCAUAUCAGGAGUACAGACUGUUCGUUUUAAAAAUGAAUUAGAAAGGAACAUUACAAUUAAACUUGACGCUCGUGCAGGGGACGGUACCAAAGGGAAACAAGAAGACACUCUUGGCAAGAUGAGCGAAAAUCGUAUGUCUUCUAAACAUGAAAAAAGACCAGCUUCUCCAGGAAACAUUCAACCUCACGCCAAACAACCGAAGUACGAACAGAAAUUAAUUUCUUCCGCGGAAAAUGUUAACGACCAUGAUACAUCGACAAGAAGUUUAUGUAGCAGCAAUGCCUCCUUCAAUCAGAAAAUCGGAAAAGAGAUAAAAAACGAGAACGAAGACAGAAAAGACUUGCAUCGUUUUAAGAGUCUAAAAACUGGCGUAAAAAGUAAAAGACUGAAUACAUUAAACAUUAAUAAUAGUACUAGCACUAAUGAUAAAAGUGAUAUCGAGAAGUUGCAACUACAGUACAAUUUAGGAAACGUUAAGUUAAAAGAAUUAAGGAUCAUAUUGAAGGAUAUGAAAUACGAUAGUAAAAAUCGAAAAAAUGCAUUGUCGUCGGAAAACAAUUUAUGGGAAGUAGAAAAGAUUCUUGAGAAAAGAGAAGAGGAUGGGAAGUUAAAUUAUUUAAUCAAGUGGAAGAAUUGGAACUCGGCGUACAACAGCUGGGAACCAGUAUCGAAUUUAAUAAAUUGUAUGGAUAUAUUAGAAGACUUUGAGACGGAUGGAUUGAGAUUGCUCAAUUGUAUCAAGGAAAAAGUGAAUUUUUAUCCAAACGAUGAAGACAUCGAUGAAUUCUUAAGGAAACUUAGAUAUAAGGGGACAAUGAUGACGUCCAUUUUUCAAGAACAAACUAAAUUAUUUUCUACUAUAAAAAAGUUCUUAAAACAGCAGGGGAUCUCUAAAGUUGGUAACAUGAAGACUGUAAAAGAUUGUAUUCUUUAUAUGUCAAUUUGUGACACGAGAGAAAAGCAGUUGAAUUCGUUGAAUGUCUGGGAAAACGAAAUUAACAAUAUCACCAAAGGGAAACCCUUCAUACGGGUGGAGAAUGUGGUGGACCUAGAAGAAGCGCCUAAAGAUUUUUAUUAUAUAGAUGAAUAUUUACCCGGUGCAGGGGUGGUAAUACCCAAUGAUCCACCUAUUGGCUGCGAAUGUAACACUUGCAAUUUCAAGACAAAUUGUUGUUUUACUCAGUACGACGGAUACUGCCCAUAUACCACAACAUGCAAGAUACGAGUUUCACCCGGGACGCCGAUUUAUGAAUGCAAUAAACGGUGCACUUGCGACAUCGGGUGCAUGAAUCGAGUGGUGCAACGUGGUACCGAGAUGAAGCUUUGUAUUUUUAGAACUAUCAAUGAUAGAGGCUGGGGCGUAAAAACUUUACAAACGAUUAAAAAGGGAUCUUUUGUGACUCAAUACGUCGGGGAAGUUAUCACAAAUGAAGAAGCUGAGAAACGUGGUAAAGAAUACGACGCCGCCGGUAGAACUUACCUCUUUGAUUUAGAUUAUAACGAGACUGAAGAUCAGUGUCCUUAUACCGUCGACGCUGCCGUAUAUGGCAACGUUUCUCAUUUCAUUAAUCAUUCCUGUGACCCGAACCUAGCGGUUUAUGCCGUUUGGAUCAAUUGUCUUGAUCCUAAUCUCCCUAAGCUCGCCUUAUUCGCGACCAGAGAUAUCAAGAAGAACGAAGAGAUUACUUUUGAUUACACGUGCCAGACCUCAAGAAACAGCGAAAAUUCUAUAAGACAAGAUGUAUCUAUGACAAAUAAUUUAAAUAUAAAUAUCAUUACCACGGAAUCUCAAAAAGAGUUUGAAAUACGACCAGAUACACCUGAAUCCGACUUGUCAAAUAAUAAAACUUUAUGCAAAUGCGGUGCCCGGAAUUGUAGGCGAUAUUUGUUUUAAACACAUUACAUAAGUAUUAGAUAAUGUUAUGUGACUACUGACUUCAGUUUUAACUGUUUUAAGAAUCUUAUUGAGAACUAUCUAUUGUUUCCAGGAUUAAGGAACUUGUUUGUUACUAGGAAAUGAAAGUCGACAAUUGUAAUUUAUUGUUCACUUU